AUGAAAUAUCACUUCGAAGGUCCCCAACGCUCUGCAUUGUGGCGAAAAUUGAAGAAAGCAUUGAUUAUUACUCUACCUUCAAGUGUAGUUGUUCUAUUGCUUCUAUUAGCUUUCAUGUGGAAAAUGGGCUGGCUGGGGAAAAGAGAGUUGAGAGAUAUACAGAUAGGCCAAGAUAAACAUGUUACCCUUAAAGAAUUAAUAGGUGCAACUCGAAAGUUUAGCAGCAAAAUGGAGAUCGGUAGAGGGCAUUUUGGAAGGGUUUAUAAGGCUGAACUGGAAGGUGGUCAAACUACUGUAGCUGUUAAAAGACUUUCUACUCACUCAAAAGAAAAAGUUGAGGGAUUAUUAAAUGAAUUCUAUGCCUUAAAGUCAUUCAGGCAUGAGAACCUUGUUCAAUUGUUGGAUGCUUAUUUUGGAGAAGAGAUGCAUUUGCUCAUCUAUGAAUAUAUGCCAAACCUGUCCGUUGCAGACGCAUUUUUUGGCUCGAAGUCCAGAUUGAAGUUUAGUUGGGAAAAUAGAUUUAACAUUUGCCUGGGAAUAGCGAGGGGUUUAGAUCAUCUUCAUGAGCACCCUAGACUCAAGAUGGUUCAUAGGGAUAUCAAAGCUGAAAAUAUCCUCCUUGAUGGAGCUCUUAAUGCUAAGAUCUCAGACUUUGGAAUGGCAAGACUGUAUACCGAGGAAGAACAACUUAUGAUCAUCAAAGUGGAAGCACCAAACGGACAUAUGGCACCUGAGUAUGUAGUUCAAGGUUUUGUAACAAGCAAAGUUGAUGUUUACAGUUUUGGGGUGGUUAUACUCGAAAUUGUUAGUGGGAAGAAAAAUGUAGGAUACAAAUUUAACCAUGAGAGUGAGUAUCUCUUGGACAUGGCUUAUGUUGCAUAUAAAAAUGGAAGCCUCGUGGACUUGGUGGAUAAAAAUUUGUCCGGUAUUUAUGAUGCAAAACAAGCCAUCACCAUCUUAACCUUGGCCGUGAUGUGCACGAAUAUAUCUCCUACUUUAAGGCCAAGAAUGGCAGACGUUGUGAGUAUUCUUGUUGGUGAGAAAACCUUUGAGCAGAUUAAUCCCCCUACAGCGGAUGAUCAUCAGCUUAAUGUUGCCAUGGCUCAUGGUGAAUGUACCAAAGCUGAUUCUUCUACUUCCACAGACGUGACCGCAACUGCAAGGGCAUCAACUUCAACUAAAUUAAUCAGGGGGAUAGAUGAAACAGAAACUCAUUAUGCAGAACCCGAUCUUGAAAUAUUGAAAGAGAGUCAGAACUCACAUUAG